AUGCACCCGUCGCUGAACCUCGAGGCGUUGUGGCCAUCGCCGCCUAGAUGCGCGUUGCCUCCGCGCCGCAGUCGCAGCCUGCGUUCCACCCUAGCUCGCGCUGUAUUCCCGCGCGUAAUGGAGUUCAAGGUCAUCUCGCGUGAGAGCGAGAAGCACGAAUUUAUGCCUGUCGUGUACCUCAUUGACCGGUCUCCUGCUUGGCGCCGCCGCGUGCCGUCGUUCGUGGAAACAGCAAUCGUAGAGGACUAUAUCACGCCACUCGUAGCCCGGGUCCCCGACUCUGCUGAUGCCACGGAAAUGACCCGAAUCCUAACAAACGUACGCAAGGAGAUGGAGAAUCGCGCCAACCUCAUUGAUGAGACGCAUUUGGACGGCGUCAGUACCGAUGAAACAGACUACAAGAUGGGAGUGUUUGUGGACUUUGCCCCCACACCGAGCAACCCAGGCAAGGCGCCACUAAAUCGCGUUGUAUUCCAGAUCGCCACUGCCUUACGAUCAGCUUCCUACAGACGUGCACUCGUAGUGCCCGUGGCAGUACACUACUGCUCAGCCGCUUCUUUCCUGGACGUACGACGAUACACAGGCAUCCGCUAUGGCGCCCCCGUGUUGCUCGAGGAGCGCGAAGUUGCGAUCUUUGGAGAAGAUCCGACCGAGCUCACGCAGCAUUUCAGCGCGCGUCUACGGGCGUCACUCACCAUGCCUCCACCUCCAUCCGUCGCACAGAUCGAGAUGUUACGCUUAACACGCACACUGCAUGUAUACUGCGCCAAGGUCGUACGCGACGACUGCUUCUCGCGAAGACAGCGCGCCUCCAUGAACGAGGAAAUCAUGCAGAUCCACUUUCGUACAUCGAAUCAUCCAGAUAUGCACGAACUGAAACGCAAGAUGAUGAAGUAUUGCGCCACACUGAAGCACUGGAAGCUUCGGGAUGAGGAUAUUAAUUCAGCCAGCGUGUUGCUAGCCGUCGAGGAUUUGCCAAAGCACCCAUUGCAUUUCGUGUGGCUUCUGGCUGCUGCGCUGCGCUUUGCAUUCAAACUACCAGGCCGGCUCUUCCUGGCGAGCGCAUGUGACCUCCUUUAUCGUUUUCCACCGCGUAAAUCACACAACCGAUCGCUGCCAUUGGGUGCAGCAGCAGUUAAAGCGGCACUGGGCUGUCUGGCGCUUGGUGUAUUGGUCCGUGUAGUUCCAUCGAGCUCGUUUGGAUGGUUAUUUGCUCUGCUGGUAGCAGUUGUGCUUAUGGUGGACGCAGCUACAGCGCACACGGCCGCAGCGGAUGUACAGCACUUGACACAACACUGGAAGAAGCCCCAGUUCUACGUUAUGGAUGCUGAAGAGUGGACGCGACUUAAGGAGACUCGUGCUGUAUUGGCGCGUAGUAUCCACGACAUUGUUGCACGCUACAUGUGCACCAAUCUCCCUCCGCCAGUAUUGCAGGAUGCGUCGAAGUCCGCAGCUUCCCCGACUUCCGCUCUGCUGGACAACGACGAAUACACGCUGAACGCGCACCACAAAAUAUUUAUUAACGCGCCGCGCUCAUUCCCGCUGUCCUUUGCAGCUAAGCUGAAGCAUCCCGAGACAGCUCGUCGAGUCGUAUACGCGUCAAAGAUGUUACGCGAUGAAACGUGGCGUAACAUUUACGAAACUUUAGCGCCUGGACAUCUGCGUUUCCGUGUACUUCUGGCAGACAACAAGGGCGAUAAUCUCCCUAUGGACGAGCUACUUGCUACUCCUUUCUUCGGCGCUGUGCUCUCUGCUUAUAUCAUCUACAAGACGCGGUACCCGGACGGUGUCAGCUCGACUUCGAGUUCUAGCGGCGAUGAUAGUGGUCACGUGAUCUCUGACGAAGUGCAGGCUCGUUUAAGUCUAACGGAACAGGGUGUGGACGAGCAAGAACUUGGAGGAUACGACUCGAUCCAGGAAAUUAUUAAUGUAGCUCUGCAGAUGGCGCAGGAUGAAGAGGAACUGACUGAGUAA